UACUUUCGAUUCUGCGUUGUCAGAAGCGCUUUACCAGAUCUCCAUAAGACACGGAUGCGACAGCCUAGCGUUCGGCACUGCGUAGCACAUUAGUUGUAGAUCGCUUGUGAAACCACGCGCAAAUGCAACAGAUUGUUGACUGGGCUGGCGUGUCACGGGGUAGUGCUGUGACACUUUUGGUCGACUUCCAGAUCGACAAAGUAAACAUUUGAAGGAGAAACAACAACCUAAAGCUUCAUGGAGACGACUCACCCCUUGGACGUGUGUCAAUAAUAUUGACGCACCGGAGUGUUCAUUCUGAUUUAAGAAGCAAGCUUUCGUCGGUUCCGUCGACGCUUAUGGCUCUCAACAAGCAUGCCGACGAGAGCACCCCUCUCUUGGACUCGGACCCCGGGACUCACGUGAGAGCCUCACCCCCAUCCGUUUUCCAGGGGAGAAGACUGGCGUGUGCUGCCAUCUUGCUGGCCGAGGCGUUGGAAAGGAUCGCGUUCUACGGCAUCACUUCCAACCUCGUUCUCUUUUUAAACAGCAGCCCUUUCUAUUGGGAGGGCACGCAAGCCAGCCAGGCUCCUCUGAUGUUCAUGGGGGUGACCUACCUGAUAUCCCCGUUUGGAGGCUGGUUGGCGGAUGCGUACCUUGGAAAGUUUUGGACCAUAGCCUCGAGUUUGAUUUUAUACUUCAUUGGCAUUCUCUUUUUCCCGUUCGUUUCAAAUGAUGACACCAGAGUAAAUCUAUGCGGCGAAGAGGCGGCAUUUCCCGUGCAACCCGCCGAAUGUCUCGGCGCCAACAGCACCCCUCCGAGCAAUGUGACCUGCCCGAUUCGCGCGCCCUAUUGCGGCGCCGUCGUCUACAGUGGACUCUUUUUGAUUGCGCUGGGUGUCGGAACCGUCAAGUCAAACAUCACUCCAUUUGGGGCGGACCAGGUCAAAGACCGAGGACCAGAAGCCACGCGCCGAUUCUUCAACUGGUUCUACUGGUGCAUCAAUCUGGGAGCCAUCCUGUCACUGGGAGGUGUGGCCUACAUCCAGCAAAAUUACAGCUUUGAGCUGGGCUACAUCAUUCCCACCGUGUGCCUUGGGAUCUCCUUCCUGGUCUUCCUCUUGGGCCGCACCGUUUUCAUCACCAAGCCCGCCGAUGGCAGCGCUUUCACCGAUAUGUUCAAGAUACUGAGCUUUGCUUGUUGCUCCUCAAAACCCAAGGAGCCUGACCUGCUUCGAAGCAAUAAACCAACACUAUUGGAUGGUGCCAAAGUGACCUACGGAGGAAAAUUCCCAGAAGAGAAAGUGGAGGAAGUGAAGUCUUUGGUGAAAAUCCUCCCAGUUUUCUUCGCCCUUAUCCCAUACUGGACGGUGUAUUUCCAGAUGCAGACGACGUACAUUCUGCAAGGGCUCCAUCUAAAGAUUCCGGUCGCUGCGUCGAAUAGCUCCACCGACUCUCACAUGAUGAUGUUUCGCUUCCCGGCAGCCUGGCUCACGAUGUUUGAUGCCGUGCUCAUCCUCAUGCUGAUUCCUCUUAAGGACAAAGUGGUGGACCCUAUUUUGAAACGGCGUGGCCUGCUGCCUUCCUCUCUGAAGAGGAUCGCAGUGGGGAUGUUCUUUGUCAUGUGGUCUGCAGUGGCAGCGGGUAUUCUGGAGACAAAACGCCUGGAGAUCAUCAAAGCAAAUGGGCCCAUCGACCAAGUGCUCGGCAACGUCAUCUACUACGCCGCAGAUUUACCCAUUUGGUGGCAAGUGCCUCAAUAUGUGCUGAUCGGCAUCAGCGAAAUAUUCGCCAGCAUCGCAGGACUGGAGUUUGCAUACUCGGCUGCACCCAAAUCUAUGCAGAGCGCCAUCAUGGGGCUGUUCUUCUUUUUCUCUGGGAUGGGCUCCUUUGUGGGCUCAGGUUUGUUGGCCAUCGUGUCCCUCAAAGAGAUCGGCUGGAUGUCAUCCCAUAAAGAUUUUGGAAACAUCAACGAUUGCUCGCUGCACUACUACUUCUUCCUCCUGGCCGGGAUUCAGGGCGUCACCCUUCUCAUCUUCCUGAUCGUGACCGUGAAAUACGACAAGCAGAGAGGCCGAGCAGGAAGCCGAAGGCAAAGACUCAUCUCGUCCUGACCCGAACACGUGAAUCCGUAUGGCUCACAUCUUACCUGGCCGUGUCCAGUCCGAUCCAAACGCUGCCUACUAAUCGAAUCCUUCAGUUCUCCACUCACUGGAAUCAAUACGUUUAUGCUAUGGUACGUUUUAAGGGGCUCCGUUUUCCUUUAAAAAAAAAAGAAAAAAAAAAUUAUUUGACUGUGUGGCAUGAUAGGCUUAACUGCAAAAAGUGUGUUUACUCUCUUUCAUUUGCACUUGACCUGCAAUGGUGCCAGAAGAUUUGAAGGUUUGAAAAAGUCUACACACCCUUGUUCAAAUGCAGGUUUUUGUGAUAUUAAUUUUAAUAUAACAAUUAAAAAAGAGACCAAGUUGUAAUUUUAAACUUUUCCACUAUUGUGAAUUGUAAACCCCGAUUUAAAAAAAAAAAAAAUGAUGAAGUAAACAAAAAACAUAUUAGAGUUGGACAAUUCACACAGUUUUAUAACUUGGGAUGUGGCUGCGUUCUGAUUUAAUAUUCAGAAUUGAGAUAAGUGGGAGUUUGCACACAUCUGCCGUCAUUUAAAGUGCCUCUGACAAAACCAAUUCAAGUUCAGUUGUUCUAGUAGGCUUUUACUGACAUUUUAGUAGUCUCAUCUUAACAGCAUGCUUGCAGAAAGCUUCUACAACAAUCAUUAUGCAAAGAUAUCAGUGAGAAAAAUAGUACAAAAUAAUUUCCAAGGGAUUAAAUAAAAGUUAUUAUCAAGUGGGAAACAAAAUAUGGCACAAAACUGCCAACAGGCCGACAAAAAAGUUCACGCUGCAGGAAUUUCUGGCAAGUACUGGACGUUUAGUACAUAUGACAGCAAUAUCCUGACUUCUUCCUAUGUCUGGGGUUAGAAUGAAAAAGGAGAAGUCUCAUUUUACAAAGGAAAAAAAAACCUACUCUUCUAAACGCUUUGCGGAAAAAUGUGUUAUCGUCCAACGAAACCAAGGUUGAAGAAUGCACCUUGGGAUCAUGCUUUGAGCCAGUUUUUCUUCACCUGGAGAUGGGGUCUUUGUCAAGAUGGAGGGAAUUAUGAACACUUCCAAAUUUCAGUCAGUGUAUGCAAAAAACCUUCAGCCUUAUGCUACAAAGCAAAAAAAAAUGUCAGGGAGAGCCUACUAGAACAGCAAAACAUAAUUUGAGAUGAGUGUUGACUGCCAUUUAAUGUAAAAAGUUCAGAGAAACAGACACAGGCCCACGUACAAAGGGGUGUGCACACUUUUGCAACCCUAUUAUCUUUAUUUUUACUUUCCCUCUUUUCAAUGUAUUGAAUACAGGUUAAUGGUCACAUCAAUGGUGAGAGAAAGUAUUGAAAUGAGUUAUUUUUCUCUCAUUUUAAUAGAUUCCAAAAAUCUGGCAUUUGAACAAGAUGUUUAGACUUUUUAAAUCCACUCAAUAUUGUGAAAACGUUUUUUUUUUAAAUUGUCGUUCUUAAUAUGCAGUAUGGGUGCGCUAUUUUUCUAACCACCUUCACUCCUGAUCUUGGUGUGAAACAUCAGUAUUUAGUCAUAUCCUUCAACUAAUUUAUAAGCAUUUUAUGGACACUUUUCUUUUGAAGGGCCAUUGGGAGCGAGUGUCAGUUUCCCCUCAUUAAUAUGAAAUUUCUCCAAUGCAGUUGCAAUUUAAAUAGGAAUUUGAAAAUGUUUGCAUUAUUAUUGACCGCAGUCGCUUAUACAUUUGAAUAUAUUUGACUUAUUUAAAUCCACGGAUUAUACCGAAAACAUGUUGAAUGAAGCCUUAAUGAAGAUUCUUUUAUUUUAUUUUUUUUUUUGGGGGGGGGGGCGCGAAUCUGCAAUAUUCAGGUCAGUUUCAUUAACAAAGUUGGAAAUAUAACUGGAACUAAACUAUCAGUGGUCAGAAAGAUAAACUGUAAUGGAAAAUUUGUUCAGCAAAUUUAUCCACAAGCAUAGACUGUUUUUAUUCAAUUUUUAUACAGUAUAUAUAUAUAUAUAUUAUUACACACCAUAAUUCCCGGCCUACAGAGCGCACCUGGUUAUAAGCGCUUUCUGUGUACCGGGGCUUAUAACCAGGUAUGCUGACCAGCGCCCCAAAACCGCAUAAACCGCAGGGUUGAAAGCGUGUGAAAGAAGUCGCGACUUGUAGGCCGGAAAUUAUGGUGUGUGUGUGUGUGUGUGUGUGUGUGUGUUGUGUGUGUGUGUGUGUGUGUGUGUGUGUGUGUGUGUGUGUGUGUAUAUAUAUAUAUAUAUAUAUAUAUAUAUAUAUAAUUAUUAGGACUGUUCUCUGCCAUUUUAGUGUUAGACUUGUUGUCAAAAUUCCAUUUGAAUUUAUGUCAAACUUUCUCCAAAAUUUGAAAUGUUCACUGCGUCUUUGUGCAUUUAAAGGUGCCUUUUGACUUUUUUUGUAUAUUUUACCAUUGACAGUAGCACUGUUGAGUUACAUUUGUGAAACUUAUCUUGGCCUUUAGGAUCCUAUUUGUAUGCGUUUUUUGAUCCAUGAAACAAAUGAUCCUUAUUUUAGGAGUCUAGUUUCAAUUUUCCAUUUUUUGCAGAAUCGAGCGGUAUCUUUGUACA